AUGUUUAGUGUACACGUGGCAGCUGCCACACGAAACACCAAUAUCAUUUUUGUCUUUAAAAAAAUAAUAAUAUAUAUAUAUAUAUAUAAUAUAUUCCACCUUUUCCAGUAUUGACCUCUCUUAAUAUUAUUAUUAUCAUUAUCUUUUAUUAAUAUUAUUAUUAGUAGUAUCGUUAUCAUUUUCAUUAAUCCAUCAAUAACAUUCAAGGGCAGCCAAUGACCCAUCCGAUCAAAAACGCUUUGUGGGGGAGUCUCUACUGCAGGUAUUACGGCUGCAAGCUGCAAACAGCAUGGCGGCCUCCGUAACGAGCGGCUGUGUCACAUAAGAGCUCUUUGACAAUGUGCCGAAGAUCUUGAACUCAAAUACAACGUUCUUCUCCCAACAACCUGGAAAUCGAACUGAAGACCCCAUUCGUCACCUGCCACAGAAACAGUACGUGUAUUCAAUGCUUGAAAGGUGUGCAUCUCACAUGUUGUCUAAGAAGCCCCCCCUCCUGCAGAGUUUCCUGUCCCUGGUUUCCAGACGGGUCAGUCACCUUGCCCAACAGCAGUAUGAUGUCAUCGUGGUGGGUGGGGGUCACGCAGGGACUGAGGCGGCGGCGGCAGCAGCCAGAGUGGGAGCUGAGACCCUCCUGGUCACACAGAAAAUAAACACCGUCGGUGCUCUGUCCUGUAACCCAUCUCUGGGAGGAGUAGGGAAGGGCCAUCUUGUGAAGGAGGUAGACGCUCUAGAUGGGCUGUGCGGUCGAGCAGGGGACUGGGCUGGGAUCCAUUUCUCCAUCCUUAAUCGCAGCAAAGGCCCUGCUGUGUGGGGCCCAAGGGCCCAGCUGGACCGCCAGCGCUACCGCGAAUUCAUCCAGUCCGAGCUGCUGUCCACGCCCGGGCUGACGGUGUUGGAGGGCUCGGUGGAGGAGCUGCUGGUAACAGAACCAAACCCAGAGGAGCCCGGACGCCACAGAGUCACAGGGAUACGUUUGGCAAAUGGAAGCCACCCGAUCUCGGCCAGCUCAGUGGUUCUUACCACUGGUACUUUCUUGUCUGGCUCACUCUUCAUGGGCCAAACCACGUCCCCCGGGGGUCGAAUUGGAGAUGCUCCAUCGAGUGCUGGGCUGUCCCAUACACUGAGAGAGAGGCUGGGGCUGAGGAUAGGCAGACUGAGGACUGGUACCCCUCCCAGGAUUGUGAAGGAUUCAGUAGACCUUAGCCUGGCGGACCUUCAUCCCCCUGACAGUCAUCCAACUCCGUUCAGCUUCCUUAAUACACGCACACGCUGCAAGCCCGAAGAACAGCUGCCCUGCUACCUGACCCGUACUAAUGCUGGUGUGGAGAGAGUGGUGAGAGAGAGUCUUCAUCUCAACCAUCACAUACAAGAAGACAUCAAGGGUCCAAGAUACUGCCCGUCCAUCGAGUCGCGAGUGCUUCGCUUUCCUGGCCGGAGGCACCAGGUGUGGCUGGAGCCUGAGGGGGUGACCUCUGACCUUUUGUACCCACAGGGGCUAUCCAUGACCAUGCCCCCAGACAUACAGCUCCGCCUCAUCAGAGAGAUCCCCGCCAUGCACAGAGCUGAAAUCCACACACCCGGUUAUGGCGUGCAGUACGACUUUGUUUGUCCCACUCAGCUGAGCCCUGCCCUGCAGGUGAAAAGCACGCAAGGUCUCUUUCUGGCUGGUCAGAUCAAUGGAACAACAGGGUAUGAGGAAGCUGCCGCACAGGGGCUGUGGGCGGGGGUGAAUGCUGCCCGCUGGGCCCGCGCCAUGCCUCCAGUGGCUUUGUCUCGAACAGAGAGUUAUAUUGGCGUUCUAAUUGAUGAUCUGGUGAGUCGAGGCGUCACGGAGCCGUACCGCAUGUUCACAAGCCGGGCUGAGUUUCGAACCUAUCUGAGGCCGGACAACGCUGACCUCCGCCUCACUCUGAAAGGGUUUGAGGAGGUGGGAUGUGUGUCCUCCUUGCGCUACCAGGAGGCGGUGAGAGUGAGGGACAGUCUGCAGGAUGCGCUCGCCGCCCUUCAGGCUCUCGCUCAGUCCUCCUCCAAAUGGCGAAAAAAGCUGCCCGACAUCCGCAUGAGUGAGAACAAGUGCACAAUACUGAGCGGUGUGGAACUCUUGCAGCACAACGUGUCCUUUGAAAUGCUGGCAUCCGCCUUCCCAGAGUGCCUUUCACCUUACAUAGAAUUCUCACAGAGGCUCAACAUAGAGGCUGUGUACAACCUGCACUGUGACAAGCAGAAGAAAGAGAUGGAGAGAAUUCAGAAAGAGGAGAACAUGUCACUCCCACAGGACAUUGACUACUUCUCUCUGCCGGUGUCACUGUCUCAGGAAGUCAGAGAGAUUCUGGACAGAGUUCGCCCCAGCACUCUGGGUUCUGCAGCGCGCCUGCAAGGUAUAACUCCUGCUGCAGUGGUCAAUCUGCUCGGCUACGUGGUCCACACGGGACAAAGGGAAAGAAUAAGGCACAGAAAUCAACCGGACCAAAAGGAGGAGAAAGAAGAGGAGCACAGUGCAAGAAAUGCAUCUUUACCUCAGUGAAACAAAGACUCAAAAACUGUCUUGUAAAAAAAAUAUUUAUUCCUGAAAAUGUACACAACACAUAUAUUAAGGUAUUUUGGGAUGAUGCAGUAUGGACUACUUUCAGAUUUUACUUAAUAAUGAUGGCUCUUUAAUUAAUUAAUUUGUAAAAAAAAAUAAAAAUAAAAUAAAACCUGAAUAAAUGCAUUUACCUUCAAAA